AUGGCGGCCAUCCUCAAACUUCAGCGCAAAUAUCCCCAGUUCCCACAAAACGAGAUCUUCCAGCUGCAGGAUGCCUUCCGUAAGCUCGAUGUUGACGACAAGGGCUACCUUGACGAAGCCACCGUCAUCAAGGCCACGCAGCAGUCCGAAAGACAAUCCUACGACGUGGUCAGACAGGCGCUGAAAGAGGUGGAACUCGACAGCUCAAGGCGGGUGGAGCUAGAGGACUAUGUCGACCUGAUCGCAAAGGUCCGCGAGUCCUCUCCUGCUCAAAGACGCGUGUCAGUUGGCGCCCAGAGACCUGCGGCUGGCAAUGGUCUUCCUUCCUCCCCUGCGCAUGCUUCUAAACCCAGCCUGGGCGGAGGUGGAAAGAUUCACGUCCAAGGCUCUUCUGCCAACGUUACGCACACUAUCAAUGAGGAAGAGCGGACUGCGUUCACCACCCACAUCAACGCGGUCCUUGCCGGCGAUCCCGACAUCGGCCAUCUUUUGCCCUUCCCUACCGAUACUUUUGAGAUGUUCGACCACUGCAAGGAUGGCUUGGUACUCUCAAAACUUAUCAAUGACAGUGUGCCGGAUACUAUCGACGAACGUGUCCUGAAUAAGCCGGGGAAGAAGAUCAAAUCCCUCAAUGCAUUCCACAUGACGGAGAACAACAACAUUGUCAUUGAGUCCGCCAAGGGGAUCGGCUGUUCCGUGGUCAAUGUUGGUGCCGGCGAUAUCAUCGAGGUUCGAGAGCAUCUGAUCUUGGGUCUGAUCUGGCAAAUCAUUCGACGGGGUCUUUUGGGCAAGAUUGACAUCAAGCUGCAUCCCGAGCUCUACCGACUUCUGGAAGAAGAUGAGACCCUUGACCAAUUCCUCCGACUACCACCCGAACAGAUCUUGCUUCGUUGGUUCAAUUACCAUCUCAAGAACGCCAACUGGCCACGAAGAGUGGCAAACUUUUCUGGCGAUGUCAAGGACGGCGAGAACUAUACCGUCCUGCUCAACCAGCUGAAACCAGACAUCUGCUCAAGGGCUCCCUUGCAGACACGGGAUCUUCUACAGCGCGCCGAAGAAGUCCUUCAGAAUGCCGAAAGGAUUGACUGCCGAAAAUUCCUGACGCCAACUGCCUUGGUGGCAGGAAACCCGAAGCUCAACUUGGCCUUUGUUGCCAACCUCUUCAACACCCACCCAGGUCUCGAUCCGCUCGAGGAAGGCGAGAAACCCGAGAUUGAAGACUUCGACGCAGAAGGAGAGCGUGAAGCCCGCGUCUUCACCCUCUGGCUCAACAGCCUUGACGUCCAGCCACCCGUCAACUCUUUCUUUGAUGAUCUGCGCGACGGAACUAUACUGCUCCAAGCCUACGAAAAGGUCAUCCCAGGCAGCGUCAAUUUCCGUCAUGUGAACAAGCCGCCCGCGCACGGCGGUGAAAUGUCCCGAUUUAAAAUGGUUGAAAAUACAAACUACGCCGUUGAACUGGGCAAGCAGAACCGCUUCUCCCUGGUGGGCAUCCAAGGUGCAGAUAUUACUGACGGCCAGCGCACCUUGACUUUGGGAUUGGUGUGGCAGCUCAUGCGCCGGGAUAUCGUGUCGACCCUCUCUGGCCUUGCGCAACGCAUGGGUAAACGCGAUCUCAGUGAUUCCGACAUGAUGAAAUGGGCCAACGAGAUGUCCCGCAAGGGCGGCAAAACGUCUUCUGUAAGAUCGUUCAAGGACCCCGCCAUUACGAGCGGUAUCUUCUUGCUGGACGUGUUGAAUGGUAUGAAAGCGAACUAUGUGGACUACGAUCUUGUCACCCCUGGGAAGACGCCAGAUGAUGCCUAUGCCAAUGCCAAGUUGAGUAUUAGCAUUGCCAGAAAGAUGGGUACGUAUUCUCUGCUUCCUUUGCCUGGUCCCUUUGCAUUCGCCAAAAUUCUGCUGGUUGAAGCGUGUCAGGGCUUGUCACAUGCUAACAAGAGAUGA